AUGGGAUCGCAAACAUUAGAGAUCUUGCGACAGGGAGUUUGGGCGUCCUUGACCGGCGGCUGGUUCUUUGAUCCUCAUCAGGAAAUCUUUACCAACACAUUUCAUUUCUAUCUGUGGAUUCUUCUACUUUGCUUGCCGUUUUCCUUGUAUCUGGUAAGAUUCACUGUGAUUGACCUUUUUCUAGAUUAAGGAAUUCAUGCGUGUAAGCGUAAAGAAAUGGCCUUUUUCAGGGUAAAGACUCACAGAUAUAGACAUGGUUUAUUUGUUACUGAUGUAAUUUAAAAAUGUUGCCGCAGAUUUCAAGUUGAAGAGGUUUAUUUUUUGCUUCUUCGGUUAAACUCGAUCUAGCGCUUUCCCCAAGUAAUUUAAGCUUUAUAUUCGUGUGCGUUGAAUCCCAUAUUAGGAAUCAUUUAAUAUGAAUAUUCAGAGCCAGUUUUAGGGAAUACUUUACAUUUGUAAAUUGUACAAUUUUUGACGUGACUCCUUGGCUUAGCUUGCCAGUGGCUUUUGUGUCAACAAGUUAUUUCAGACACUGAGGUUUGCGUCACGUGUUCAAGUGUGAGUUAACUCACCUACAAUUUAUACAUGUGUGACCAAGGAAUGAGUGACAUUGUUCUCUCUGUUUUACUGUAAGUCGGUGUAUGGUGUGAAUAUGUAAGCUUAUAUGUUGGUGUUCAAUUUAAUCCAGUGGUGUAAAUUUUAUUUUCCAUUUUUUUUUUUCGGCGGGGGAGGGGCGGUAUGGUUAUCUAUGAAAAUAAGUUUCGAACAAAGGUAUAUAAAAUUAAAACCGAGAGUAAAAUUAAACAACGUCAUAUACAAAGUAUAACAUUAAGCUCAUUUGUCAUUUCGUCACAUUAACAAGAUAACAACAAUAAUAUGAAGAAGACAAGACGGUGUAAUGGUUUUCCUCCAUCAAUAUUUUAGUUUAAGUUAUAAAUAUAACUUUGAUCAAUAACUGUUUUUCAGGGGACAGCUCCAUCAACUAUAGUCUGGAUUUUCUAUUCUGUGUUCAUCGCUAUCCUGUUUUUGGUCUUAAAAUGUCUGAAUUACAGACUACACUUGAUGUUUGAUGGUGAAGAAAUCCGCACUGAAAGUGAACAACAGGAUGCUCAAAAUGAAGAACCAGGAGCUGAACAUGACGAGAUAUCGCGCAUAGAGGUUAGCAGUGGUCCCGCAGAUGCAGUAGGGGAGGUGAUAGAACUGGAGGUGAUAAACCAUUGUUCCGAAGAUGUUGCCAACCAAGGUGGCGAGGACAAUGUAACACAACCAUCUACCGCUACAGCUCUGUCCACCCUGCUUCCCUCUUCCUCUUCUCUUCCUAUAAACUCCACAUCAGUUACCACUGCUGCAAGUCUUCACCAGGUUCUACUCCUUGAUAACUGUAAUAUUUAUCUCAUCUUUUAAAUAACAGCUUCUAAAUAUUGCCAUUCUCGAUUGUUAUCUCCUGCAUGUGAUCCUUGUAGCUGUUUAAUGACCUGUUUCUAAUAUUCAUGCAGCCCUGACAGAUAGAGCUUCAUAUAAUUUCUAUAAUGAGUCUUUUAAUUUUAAUACAUCUAGAUGCAUAGCUUGCUUUAAACCUACCGUAAUUUGCACUGUUAUUUUAUGGUUAAUUAUCUUUCACAGGACAGAAAAAUGUUAUUAUUCUUAUCUGAAAUUUGUAAAAUCACUUUUAACAAAAUGUUUUUACCUGCAUCCCUUAAUGUUGUUGGGUUGUCAAGGAGAUUAAUCCACUAAUUUGGCACAGCCAGGUUAAGCUAAAGCUAAAAAAAGCCCUGUAAUUACAGUGAUUAUGGUACUAAGCACAUAUAGAGCUGAAAUAAACAAAGGCGAACAAAGGAUCACACCACCAAAAAGACUGCUGGCCAAAAGCAUAAGACUUUGUUGUUAACUACAUUUACACAUGAUGUGCUCUAAAAUUUUGCAUUAUUUUCCUUUUCACUUUCAAUGAGAAUAUUGCAAAUCUUUUGUGUCAGUCCUUCCAUUGUACUCUGCAGAUUAGCUCUUUCUGAGUUCACGCUGCAAAGCUUUAAUUUUAAUUUGUUGUCUGAUUUCCUUGAUUAUUCUACCUAAGCCAGUAGCCUGUUAAACAAUCUCUUCUAAAGUCAAGGUUAAAUUCAUGUACACUAUAGUGCUGGCACAUCUAUCUCUCAGAUGCAUGCAUGUCUGUGUUUUGGCAGUCAGUUUAUACAGCAAGACACCUGACAUGUAGAGCUGUGUUAUAAGGAGAUCUACAUAUUUUUUUAGAUAAUAAAAAGCAUGAAAAGGUAUCUACCCAGCUGGAGUAUUUACUUUUUCUGGAUAACUGGACAGGAGGAUUUCAAGCUUUGUAGACUUUGCUGCUAUUAAUUAAAGCUAGCCAGCAUUUGCAAAGAAAAAACACUAAUUUGCCAUCAUGCUGUCUCUAUUAAGCUCCUUCUUCUAGACAGUCUCUUCUAGGUCACCUCUCCUCUUAGAAAUUUACAUGUAAUAGAGCACAGUAUGUGUGUUUUAGGAAGAGCUACCUUUGUUGAUAUUUUGACUGUGUUCUUUAUUGAUUUGACUUAUAGGCCAGUGAUGAACAUGGAAUGGAUAAAGCAGAGUGUUGUGGUAUGUGAUUAACAGACUGGAAUUUACAUUGUAUGAUCUGUUGCGUUAUAAUUAUAUGGACUGAAUGAGCUUCUGUUCAUGCUAAAUAAAAAUAAAACAUAAUAGUAAUGAUAAUAAUAAUAAUAAUAAUAAUAAUAAUAAUAGUAAUAAUGAUAAUAACUGUUUAUCUUUUCAGAUCAGUUUUGCCGAUGAGUUGGAGUGAUAAUAAUAAUAAUAAUUAGUACAGGUAAUAGCAUGAUUAGUAGUGGUAUUUGGCAUAAAUACCACGAGUGAUAUUUCAAAAUUGUUAUACGUAAUUUUACGAGCCGUUAGGCGAGUGAAAUUUGAGACAAUUUUGAAAUAUCACGAGUGGUUUUUAUGCGAAAUAUCAAGUACAAAUCAUGCUAUUAUUUGUUUAUACCAGUACCCGCAAAAGGUUGUAAUUUUCACAUGUAGGUAUUUCAAAUUACGCUGAAACACCACUGCUCUAAGCCAAUCAAAUUGCAGGAAUUUCUCAUGUAGUAGUAUAAUAAUACUAAUAAUAACAAUUACAAGGAAAUUGUGAAGAACGGCUCCCCUAAUAAACUUGUAAAAAACUGUCUUGCAACUUUUGACCAAUUUUCAAUGUUGGUUGGCACUUUCCCAACAGUUGAUCUUCAGUAGACCAAAUUUUGGUGUACACUCAGCUGACAUGCAACCAAGAAAAUGUUAGGCAGUUAAAAAAUAAUGUGUCAGUUGUUGACUGAGAGGUAGGCGGCAGUUGGUGAUCCAUUCAGCAGCCUGUCCCUUUUUUAUUGCCUAAAACUGCACUGAAGAUACACUUAACAACUAUAACCAGUAAUAACCAAAGGUUACAGAGUGUGGGCAACAAUGAUAGAAGGUUAAAACGCUUUUGCUCCAAUGGGGUGCUUUGCAUAAGUUUCAAAUGACAGAUGGUCAAAACAUGGGCAAUCAGAUGAUAUCAAUCAAUCUUAGUGAUAGAAGAUCCAAACAUGCGUGAUCAAAUCGCAUUUUGUGCAUUUCAUUCAUUUUAAGUGGAAGUCUGAAUGAAUGCUGGCUACAUACAUGCGACGCAUGCAUAAUAGCAACCUGGAGAUUAGGAUUGUGGGUUCCUCUUGUUGCCUGCAAUAAUUCCAUUAUUUACUUGGCAUUAUUUAUAGCACCAAUGAUAGUGCGGCUGAGCAAAUGCCUGAAACUAAGAAUUCAAAUUGAACUUAACAGGGUUAAGUAUUCCAACUGGCUGGAGGCAAACCUGUUGGCUAUUUACAAGCAUGGCUGAGGAUUUGAACUCAGGACUACUGUGAACAAAUCCAGCUAGCGGUCGGGGCGGGACUUCAACUCAGAGCCUCUGAAUUGCAAGUCCAGUGUCUAACCGCUCAGCCAUGCUCAAUCAAUCAAUCAAUCAAUCAAUCAUUUAUUUUAACACGUUAUGUCAAAGAGCUAAAAAACUCGUUCAAAAUACGAACGUGUAUAAGUAAAAUCUAUAAUAAUUACGGCUAUGUUAUAAUAUUAUUCAAUUUCAAAAACAACUCAAUAAAUAUAUACAUAUAAAAAACUUGGUAAUAAAAACAUAAAAUAUAAAAAGCUAAAACCGACUAAAAAGCCACAUACUAAAAACGUGACUAGGAAAACUAUAAUACUCGAAACUAUAGUAUAACUAUAGAACUAUAAUACGCUGCCUCCUUAUGUGCAGGACAUUGCUCUAUUGUAUCAUCAAUUUUGUUGAUUGGUGGAUGCAAAAGCAAUUUACUUCUGUUCCGUUGCAGAUCUUGGUGAAUGUGAAGAUGAAGAAAUAGUUGAAGUAGAAUUAAGAUGUGAAAGAAUAAAAGAGAAAGAGGUCAGUAAUGGCUGCUGAUCAAACAGAAAAUAUCUGAGUGUGUAAAAUAAAAAUGUCUAUUUAAGUUUCAUUCUCCUUUCAAUCUGAUUUUUUUCUGCUUGUCAAUCAUAGUGAGAAUUUCACAUCAGGUCAGGAGUCACUUAGGCCUUAAAACCUUGCAGCCAUUUAUUUUCAUUUUUCACAGACUAAACUUCAGACCUGCACUGUGUAAUUAAAAGUUAAAUAUACAACAUCCUUUUUGAUAAUUCAACCCUCCAAGUUAAAGUUUUUGCUCGAUCGCCAUUUGGUAACCAACUCGUUUGGUUUAGGGAGACCUUCUAUACAAAUCAAGUCACCAGCUUCAAAAUUUUGGGUGCCAUGGUCACCAAAAUGGUCGCAACUUGAAGGGUUGUAAUUGUGGGUAUGUUUUUUGAGUCAGUGACACAGGCCACUUAGAAAAUAAAUGUGAGUUCCCCCAACAGGAGUUGAAAUCUGUGACUGUCUAGACAAGUUACUGCUCCAGGUGCUGUGCCACUGAGUUACAGCAGACUACGGAGAAACUAGGUUCAUGGCAACAAUGUUUAUCUUUUCAGAUCAGUUUUGCCGAUGAGUUGGAGAAAACUGAAAGAUUGGAACAUAGUAUUCGACUAAGGUACCCUUGUCUUUGAAUACCAUUUGGAUUGAGUGGGAAAAAAUUACAAUCAAACAUAAAAAGUAUUACUGCAAGGAGCCUAAAAGUGUGACCUCCUUUAAUUAAGUCACAUUCUUUCAUGCAGACAUUAACCAAUUAGAAGUCGAGGACAGUUUCCUGCUGGCUUCUGAUUGGAUUAAAUCUUUAAGAAAGAAUGUGAAUAAGUAAAAAGCUGCCACACUUUUGGGCUCCUUGCUGUAACUUUGGGGGCUGACACAAUAUUAUUGGAACCGGUAAUCACAAGUUUACAGUACCUUGUGGCUUAAAAAUAAGUACUAAAACAAAUGAUUGACAUAAGCGUAACAACAAGACUCCCAACUGGCCACAGGCAAACCAGUUGGCUAUUUACAGGCAUGGCUUAGGAGUAGAACUUGGGUAUAUCAAGAACAAAUCCAGCCAAUGAGCAGGACAGGAUUUGAACCUGGGGCCUCAAGAUUGCAAGUCCAGCGUUCUCACUGCUCCACCACUCCUGCCUCGAGUUAUCCUUAGUAAGACACCAUAUUAGUUUGUAUUGGUUCCUUCCCUCCUUAGGUUACACCAUUAUUCCAAAACACCCUAUAGUACUGGUUAGUGCAGGAAAAAAUAAAUUAAGUCGUGUCGAUCUCAUUCUUUUUUUCUCCUUUAUAGUCCAAGUGGACAAAUAGAGUCUAGAGAAACAAGCCAUGAACAAGUUAAUGGUGAGUUGUUCAAUACAAUGUACCUCCUUUUAGUUCACCGCAAUCGCUUAAGACAAGGGUGAAAACACCUGAUCUAUUGUAAUUAGAUCCAGUUUUUGUGUUAUCUGGAAUAAUCAAGGUCUCGGUAAUUGUUAUCAGCCGCGGCCUUUACUUCGACCUGCCAACUCCUCAGGGGCUUUGUUUUCUUGCACUUGGGUGGCAAACAAAGGAGAGCGUGAAAUGAAAAUGACUGGUGAGAAAGUAUCAGGGACCACAGAAAGGAAAAAGAAGAAAGGCAAAGAGAUUUCUUGCCCGUUUCCUCCUUCCCGCCUUCCUUUGUACACAAAUCAACUUUGCAAGAGAGAUGUCUGGAAAAGAAGCAGUACCUCAAACCCUGAUUCUUCUGAAUACCAUUAAAAGUUCAUCCAAUAAUUAUUGUUUUAAAUCACAUUUAGAUUCAGUCAAUUUUUUAUUUCUCUUCUGCUUUUGUAGCCACAGAGGUUCCAACUGAGGAUUCAGAUGAAACUUUGGAGGGAGCAGUGGGUGGGGAAAUUGAACACCAUACGAGUCAGGAACAGACAUGUACAGAUUUGGAAUCAGAUAGUAAAGGUGAUGUAUUUCAGGUUUUACAGAUGUGUUCGUUACAUUGCACUUUAAUAAUUAAUAGGUAAAAAAAUUGGCCCUGAAAAAAGUAUGGAUAAUCGAGAAGUCUUGUUAGAAGUAAGAAGUGACCAUAAUUAAUUAAUAAUUAAUUAAAUGAAAACAGUCGUCGCAUCGUGACAUGUUGUCACUUGUGAUGGAUCACCUAGUUUAUAGUUAGUUUUGCUCGAUGAUCGUCUAUUACGAGUGGUUAAAGAAAGGAAUGCUUGAAUGUGUACAGUUGCAAAGAAACGUACUGUAGCUAGUAGUUGGCUUGCCAACUCGAUAGCUUAGAGCACUGCACCAGUAUUGCAGAGGUCAGCGUUCGAAUCCUGGCAAGCCUGAAUUUUUUCAUGCUUUCUUUUCGCAACUGCAUAAAUUGUGUAUUUCCUGUGGUGAUCUCCUCUGAUUUAAAUUUUUUGUCUUUUCUGUCAUUGUUUAGACACAUUGAGUGAUCUUUCCACACUUCCCUUGCCAAUAAUGGACAGCCACAUGGAGUCACGAUCUGUUCCUGGACUUGUUGUCCCUGACAUUUACAAGAUUCAUGAAGAAGCGCAACGGGGCCUUCUCUUGCAGACCAAAAGUGAGGGCUCAAACGUGAAUGGAUCAAACAGUACAAGGGCUAUAUAUCAGGCUCUAGUCUCGGCCCUGGAGAGCCGGAGGCCAGACUCCCCCUAUCCCGGGACUAGCUCAGGGGACAUCAAUGAAGGGAUCUCAUUUGGGUCCAGGCUUGGUACCAUGUCGGAUAUCAUUGGAAGCCGGUCUGGCUCCGAGUAUGAUGGGACAAGUCUUUCUCGGAACGAGUCGCAGAGUGAAAAAUCAGUUGUUCCUCGAAUGCGCUCAAUUUCUGAUAUUGUGCGGGAAACAAAUGACGCCGGUGAUAAUGAAGAAGAAAGGCAGAUUCGAGUCGGAGUGGACACUCCUUCUAUCUUGGACACCCUUUCUCUGCAGGAUUCAGGCCGUUUUCACAACCGUUCAACAAGUUCGCAGCCAGAGUCCAUAGACAGCGUGAGUGUUAACAUCACAAUGAACAAGGACACUGCAUCAACUGUAGCACAAACAGGGAGUAUAGGAGAACCUGACGGAUCAGGGCGAGAAAGCUCCGAUCUCCUCGCACUAGCGCAGCGUUCAUCAUCACUAGCGCGCAGAAGGAGAAGUCUGCAGAGGAGGAGAAGAGCUGAAACAGGAGGGGCAAUUCGAAGGCGCAGACGACUUGAUUCAGGGGCACACGCUGAUGAACUGCUGCAUUCAGGUGAUGGCGGAACCUCAACUCAUCUAGCCCUGUCACACGAUGACACUUCACCUGGGGCCCAACACAGUUAUGUCGAUGAAAAUGGUACGCCUGGUCAGCGGCAAUUCGCCACUUUAGAAAUUAAAAGGGAACUGGGGCGAGUUAACUUUCGCAAAGUAUUCUGGGACUUUUACUAGGAAAAAGGAAAAAAACUGGCCAAUAGAGAGAUUUAGAGUCACGCUUACGCCAAACGGCGAACGUGAAUUUGUAUCACGUGACCAAGUUUUCCCCUUAAUUGUCAUUUACUGUUUAUUACUUCUACUCAAAAAUAAGUAGUUUCGCGCCAGUUUUAUCCAUAAAAAUUGUUCUGAACAGUUUUUAUGUGCUUAUUUUCUAUUUUGAGAAAUCAUAACUUGAAUGUGACGUUUGCUGUUUGCCGUAAACUUGAAUCUAAAUCUCUCUAAUAGCUGACCGGCGCGUCCCCAAAAAUGAUACCAGAAACAAUUGCGGGGUGCGUUUUGCCUCCAGUUCCCUUCUCGAUUCUAAAGUGGUGAAUUGAUAUCCACUCCGUUAUUUUUUAAAAUCUUUAUUUAAAAAAAAAAAAAGGAAAAAAUCUGGUCAAUAGGGAGCUUAAGCAAUAACGAUGGCGACGGCUACUAAAACAUCACUUAAAAAGUGAAUUCGCGCUGCUUCAAACUUUAUCGCGCCUUAUUCCAUCUCGUUCAAUUCGUCAAAUGUUGGCAACUAUUUCUGGAGUUAAUUCUAAAAGACUGUUUCGAAGGCCAGGAAAAGAAAGAGGAAGUCGUCGUCUUGUGUUCACGUCCUUCCACAAAACGCGAAAUUAGAGAUUUUCACGUCCUAGUUAUGCAGUGACGGCAAAGAAAUGUACAAAAAAGCUUGGUGCACGUGCAAAGUUGUUGUUUUGCCAAUCCAAAUCUAUUGCUUUUUUGCCGUUCUCGUUGCCGUCGCCGUCGUCUUUGCUUAAGCUCACUAAUACAACAAUAAACCACAAACAGUCAAUUAGUACAAAACAAGCAAGAGGCAUGUAAAAGAUAACAAAGAAGCUCGCAUUCGUAUUAAACUAGUCAGUGUCAGACGAAAUGCUACAUGAGGUUGGACAUGAUGACUGAAGAGACCAAACACCAAAGGUUAUCAUUUUGUAGCUGAAGGUUUGCCUAAUGGUAAAACAAAUUGUGCGACAACUUUUUUGUUUUGUCUGACUUAAACGGUGACCUUGGACAAAAAGAAAAAUUAUUUGCAGCCAGGUCUGGAACAGUAAUACACUUUAUACAACUAAAGGGGUGUGCAGUACAUUCUGUUUUGCAGGUCUGUAAUCUAGUACACCUCUCACCAGCGUGAGAAAAAAGCUGACAUUCCGCGACGCCAUCGCUCAUUCCUUGCGAAAUGACGUCUGAGAAACAAGCGCAGAAAUUCCAUACUAAUGAUGCAUUACUACCUUGAUUUGGGUAGUGCUUCUGAUUGGCUGAAAAUUUGCUUCAACCAAUCAGAAGCACUAGUCAGAUCUGGGUAGCGACGCGUCAUCAGCAUAGAAUUUCUGCGCUCGUUUCUCAGACGUCAUUUCGCGGGGAAACUAGUGAUGGCGUCGCAAAAAUGUCGGCUGUUUUCACAGGUUAACCUCUCACUGAAAUAUUUCUAUUUGCAGGUGUUUUGCAGACCUAUGUGUUUGGUCAGGACAUAACUAUCUUGCCAAGUACUAGUUAUUCACCCACACGGCUUAGGGAUAUACUAAACUGGUAAUGAAACGAAGUGGUUUAUGUAUAUGUAUUGAAAAGGCCCUUGCUUUUAAAAUGUCCCGUUCCUAAGUUUUGAGUCUUUAGACAAAAUCAUGUCGCAUGACGGAUUAAUUGAUAUAAGAGAGAGCUUAAGCAACGAUGACGGAGACGGCAACGAGAACGGCAAAAAAGCAAAAGGUUUAGAUUGGCAAAACAACAACUUUGCACGUGCAUCACGCCUUUUUUGUAUAUUUCUUUGCCGUCAGUGCACGUAAGACGUGAAACUGCCAAAUUUCAUGUUUUGUGCAGAACGUGGACACAUGCUCAAGACAAUCACUUUCUUUUUCUUUUCCUGAACUUCAGGCUUUGAUACAGUCUUGCAAACAAUAUUAUUGUUGAAGUGAACGAGAUGGAAUAAGCGCGAUAAAGUGCAGCGCGAAUUCAUUUUUUUAAGUUUCCGUGUGGUUUCGGAGCAAAGAAAGACCGAGGAAUGGGAUUUUCGGUUUUGGCCGCGCGAGAAAUGGAACGAGAGUAAAAAAAUGAAAGAGGGGGGAGAGGGAGGGGAAGGAAGGAAGGAAACGCUUGCAGACAAACCCCCUCUCCGCUCUUUACUCGCACCAUUUUUCACGCGUUCUUUGACUCUCGUUCCUUGUUCUAUGCUCCAAAACUGCAUGGAAACGCUUGCUUGGCAGGCUAUCUUUAACGCCAUGUUCAAUUGGUGAUUUUAGGGAGACAAGCAGCUCGGCAUCGACAGUAGUUGUAGAUACAGGUCUGUCAGCAUACCUCCAGUCUCAUCCGUCAGCUGCACGUCGUAGCUCAUCAAACGCCCGAUGGCAGGAGACAAUCUCCUCGGUCAGUAUUCCAUUCCCUCGACCCACGUCUGUGACUGAAAAGCCAAGACCACACUACUUCAAAUUUCAGCUUCUUCCUGGAAAGUUUUUGAAAAUCAAAUUUGAUCGACUUGCUCUGUUAGCACUUAUGGACAGGUAGGUUUCAGUGUUUAGAAUAAAACUGAAAAUAUGGCGGACUCAAUAACUGAUGCAUAGGGUGCUUAAGCAACGAGGACGGCGACAGCAACAAGAGCGGCAAAAAAGCAAUAGGGUUAGAUUGUAGCCUUUCACGCAGACGUUCUUAGGGAUUCGUCACGCGUUCUUGCCAGGCUGUGGGGCAGGAACGCGUGACGAACCCCUGAGAACGUCUGCGUGGGAGGCUAGUUAGAUUGGUAACAAAAGAACUUUGCGCGUGAAUCAUGCUUCUCAGAAGUUGUCAUCCGUGAAGUUGUACUUUUGCUGUUUUUGCCAUGUUUUUAGGCAGAAGUUCGGCUAUUUCUUCUUCGCAAAACGUGUAAAAUUUUCCGCCGUUUUCUCCAGCUCUACCAAAGCUUUUGACCACUGAACUAACGCAACCUAGUCCCAGGACUUCGCGGUUACCGUGGCUUUUUCUGACCGUAGCCUGCACUAUUGACGUCAUUUUAUAUCGUCUUCCAAAUUUGCUCAACGUUAGCUGGUUUUGAAGAAUUAGCCGAAAGAUUUGUACCAAUCGGAAACGGCGAAAUAUUUUGAACGAAUAAUAAACUAACCUAUUGUACGCAAACCACAAUGAGAAAUAUCUUUGAUUACCAUAACAAUAAUUUUUGUUUUCUCCUUCGAAGAAACAAACACAAGAUAGAAGCUGUCGUAUCAGUACUGUUGGCUAUUUUGGUGGGAGUCCUUGGGUACUGGCUUUUGCUGUCCGAUUUUUAUAAAGACUUCUGGAUUUUUGUGUUCUGUUUUGUUCUGGCUGGAUGUCAGUUUUCCCUCAUUAAGGUUAGAAGAUAUUUCCUGAUUUUAUCUGAUUAUAUUGUAUGUCGACCACGGAACUUAUUGUAAUUAUUGACACACGAGUUGCAGCGCUUCGUUAGGGUCAGUGUCACGCCGACUCUUGGCCAAGUGUUGGCAAACAGUAGGCCAGCACUUGGCUAACAGUUGCUUGACAAACGGCCAACAGACGACCGAAAAACGGUAGGAAAUCGCCAACGGUUUUGACUUCACUUUUCUAUGACAAGGUUGAUUUUCUUGCAUUGGUAUACUUACUAUGUGCAUCUCUUUUUUUUUUUUUACAGAGUGUUCAGCCUGAUGCUGCCUCUCCAACUCAUGUAAGUGUGUUUGUUAAUCUUUUAUUUUCCUUGUGCGGUUUUUGACCACUUUCGAUGUAGUUGCCUAGUAUAGACUCAAAAUGACGGAUGUGCCUGGAAAAACGAUAGCUUAGAUCGCUACCAUGGCUAGAGUUUUUUGGCAAUCGUAGUGAUCAUAUGAAAAUCAACCUUAAGUGCUACCCUGGCUUGUAAAAGUUGGUUUUUCGAGGAAUAACGAGUUGAGCUGAUGUCCUGCACGUUAUGGGUAGUACACCAGAUGAGUUAUGUGAUUUGCUUGAUGGAACGCUUCUAUCUGCCACAAAGAGUUUGAUAGGUUAUGUUUGAUUUAAAGUACCCUGAAGUUAUCGAGUCAAGAGCAUUGAAAGAGAGAAAAGAUUAACUUCCGCUAGUCAAUUUUCAAUAAUAUGACUGGUGUAGUUAUAAUUAAAUUUUGAUUCUGCUCGCCAUAGAGCCUCCGGUAGCUCAGUAGUUAGAGCGUCCGAACUAGAACUCGGAGAGUCAAGAGUUCCAGUCUCACCUGGAGCUUGGAAUUUUUUCUGAGGUUUCUGGUAUAAGAAUCCUCCUUCUUCCAAAUAAUGGUUCUGUCAAAGUAUUAACACAAGAUGGUUCUUGUCUUUUUACAGGGUCACAAUCACAUGAUUGUAUUCAGCCGGCCCACAUACUUCUGUGCUUUAGCUAUCUGUAUCCUUGUCUUGGAUAAAGCACAGAAGACUGACGUAUCAACAUUUACCGUGUAUGGCAUUCCGUUUGCUACUAAUUCCACGAUCUCCUAUACAAGAGAUUUUCUGCUCGGUAAGUCAUACUCAAGCACGAAGAACAAUACCUGAGACUUUGUUUGUGCGUUAGUUUGCUUUCAUUGUUAUGUAUUUUAUGUAUCUGCGAUGUAGCUACAGGCAAGUUCCGCGCUGGUUUUUAAAAACAGCUGUAAACAAACAUAAACAAUUCAUCGCUUUAGAAAUGAGAUGGAGAUUGGGACGCGUUAACUUUCGCAAAGACUUGUGGGACUGUUACUGUGGACAGGGAAAAAAAAUUGGCCAAUAGCUGAUUGGCGCGUCUUCAGUAACGAUCCCACAAGUCUUUGUGACAAUUAACUCUUUCUGGUUUCCUUCUAAUUUCUAUAGUGGCGAAUAAUAGAGCGAUGCUUUUAAAUAGGCAGCGUGGCCGAGUGGUCAGCGCGUCGGACUCGCAAUCCGGCGGUCCCGGGUUCGAGUCCCGCUCUGGCCACUUGCUGGAUUUGUUCUCAGUCGUCCCGAGUUCAAAUCCUUGGCCACGCUUGUAAAUAGCCAACAGACCAAUUCCGAUAUAUCAGUACAAUUCAUACUCGGCUGCAAGGCUUAGGGAAUAAAACAAAAGAAGUCAUGUUGUUUUAUUCCCCCAGCCUCGGUGCCAAGUAUGAAUUUUCAUAUAUCGAAAAUGGUCUGUCGGUUGCCUCCUGCCAGUUGGGGUUUUUAAUUCUGUUAUGUUGUAUUUGAAUUAUUUGUCUCUAAGUAUUUGAGUGAAGUGCUUGUAAACUAGCUGGAUAAGCUAAGUGCACUUUCCACUAUAAACAAACCUUUAAACCUUUAUGCUGACUAAUAUAUACCUCUAGUGUUUUCAAAUGCUCGAAUCUAAUUGGUUUUCAACAGCCCUUAUUUAUCGCUUAAAAAAUUGAUUGAAUAAACGAUUCGAAAGACUUUGUUUCCCUGAAAUAAUCGCCAACGGUACAACCUGUUUAACUCUAUUGGUUUAGAAAGCAAAACAACAACAACAACUGCUCCAGUCCAGUUUAACUAAGAUAGUUUUGUUCCUUUCCUUGCAGGUUUUAUACUUGGUUUCCCAUUGAUCUUUCUUGUUGGCCUGUUGCCUCAAGUUAACACAUUUCUCAUGUACGCUCUUGAGCAGCUGGACAUGCAUGUUUUUGGAGGAAAUGGUAGGAUCGCCAGUGAUUUCCAGUGAUACGUUUUUGGGAUUGGCCAUGGAACUGAAACUUGAUUGGAUGCAAAAUGUCUUAUGAAGACGUAUAUUGAUAAUUAUGUGGAUAUAGUUUCUGUAUCACGCAUAUGACAGCAAAACUGGUUUAUCACAGUAAAUACGUGUAAUCAAACAAUGUUUUUAUUGCUUUCCAGCUAUAACAAGUCUAAGAGGUGCUUUAUGGAGCUUUUUUCGCAAUAUUUUAGCCGUCGGCUUUCUGUAUGGUUUCUGCUAUGGAGCAAUGCUGGUAAGCGCCAAUGCCAAAGUUGUUGGAAUUGCAUGUGAUAAUCUAUGCUGUUCAAUGAACAUUUCUGAUUGACUAAUUACACAGUGAACUUUUGACAUGUGUUUGACAUACCGUAAAAUUCAGAAAAUAAGCCUCGGGGCUUAUAUUUUUCAAAGGCCCUUUUUGAGCGGCUUGUAUUCAGAGGGGCUUAUCUACGGAGGGAAAUUUGCGUUUCAAAAUCAAUUGGGCUAGCCUUAUAGUUGGAAGUAAAUUUACCGUUUUUGCUUUUUUUUACAUUGUAUUUGAGGGCAAUUUUCCAAGUACAAGCCCCCGGGGGGGCUUGUAUAUGGAGGGGCUUAUUUUCGGAAUUUUACGGUAUUAGUUCCGUUUCGUUCUGUUUUUCUUCUCGUUAUGUGAAGUGUAACACAGCGAAUCUGUAGGGAAUAAAUGUCCUAAAAGUAGCGAAUGGACUGAAUCAUUCUAACAAAAGUAAUUUGUUUUCGCGCGGAAUACUUGAAACUUGAUAUAAGAUUAGCCCAUGUUAAUUGCUUGCUACAUCAUUGUUUUCAUUGCAACACAAGUCUCCUUACAAGCAACAGUCUUAGAACCAUCUGUCUACUGUGUUAGCGUGUGUCUUUUGAAUCGUUUACAGAAAUACAUGAACGAACGAAAUUGGUUUUAGAACCUCCGCUCUAGUCACAAAUUGCUGUUACGUUUUGGGAAAUAGGUGGGAUUGUUUUCGAACAAGCCAGAAAAAUUUGGGGGUGCCCUUUGUUUGGAUCCUUGUCGAUUGGGCGUGCAUAAUCCGUUUUUGGCUUUUGCGUUUUGACAAGUAUCCAGUUAGACUAUCGAUUAUUUCCUGCAACAACCAUUUUCAAUUUCACUGACGUCGUAUGGUUGUUGCCCGUUUCUUCUUCUAGAAUAACAUUUAUUAAUAGCGAAAACAAAGUCAGGAAUGUUCAAUAUGGUGGCGCUCACAAGUAUUUAUUGUUUACAAUGAAAUGUCCUUUUGGGCUUUGUUGUCUUAUCAGGGAAAUUUUUUUUUUNACCUCUAGUGUUUUCAAAUGCUCGAAUCUAAUUGGUUUUCAACAGCCCUUAUUUAUCGCUUAAAAAAUUGAUUGAAUAAACGAUUCGAAAGACUUUGUUUCCCUGAAAUAAUCGCCAACGGUACAACCUGUUUAACUCUAUUGGUUUAGAAAGCAAAACAACAACAACAACUGCUCCAGUCCAGUUUAACUAAGAUAGUUUUGUUCCUUUCCUUGCAGGUUUUAUACUUGGUUUCCCAUUGAUCUUUCUUGUUGGCCUGUUGCCUCAAGUUAACACAUUUCUCAUGUACGCUCUUGAGCAGCUGGACAUGCAUGUUUUUGGAGGAAAUGGUAGGAUCGCCAGUGAUUUCCAGUGAUACGUUUUUGGGAUUGGCCAUGGAACUGAAACUUGAUUGGAUGCAAAAUGUCUUAUGAAGACGUAUAUUGAUAAUUAUGUGGAUAUAGUUUCUGUAUCACGCAUAUGACAGCAAAACUGGUUUAUCACAGUAAAUACGUGUAAUCAAACAAUGUUUUUAUUGCUUUCCAGCUAUAACAAGUCUAAGAGGUGCUUUAUGGAGCUUUUUUCGCAAUAUUUUAGCCGUCGGCUUUCUGUAUGGUUUCUGCUAUGGAGCAAUGCUGGUAAGCGCCAAUGCCAAAGUUGUUGGAAUUGCAUGUGAUAAUCUAUGCUGUUCAAUGAACAUUUCUGAUUGACUAAUUUCACAGUGAACUUUUGACAUGUGUUUGACAUACCGUAAAAUUCAGAAAAUAAGCCUCGGGGCUUAUAUUUUUCAAAGGCCCUUUUUGAGCGGCUUGUAUUCAGAGGGGCUUAUCUACGGAGGGAAAUUUGCGUUUCAAAAUCAAUUGGGCUAGCCUUAUAGUUGGAAGUAAAUUUACCGUCUUUGCUUUGUUUUACAUUGUAUUUGAGGGCAAUUUUCCAAGUACAAGCCCCCGGGGGGGCUUGUAUAUGGAGGGGCUUAUUUUCGGAAUUUUACGGUAUUAGUUCCGUUUCGUUCUGUUUUUCUUCUCGUUACGUGAAGUGUAACACAGCGAAUCUGUAGGGAAUAAAUGUUCUAAAAGUAGCGAAUGGACUGAAUCAUUCUAACAAAAGUAAUUUGUUUUCGCGCGGAAUACUUGAAACUUGAUAUAAGAUUAGCCCAUGUUAAUUGCUUGCUACAUCAUUGUCUCCUUACAAGCAACAGUCUUAGAACCAUUUGUCUACUGUGUUAGCGUGUGUCUUUUGAAUCGUUUACAGAAAUACAUGAACGAACGAAAUUGGUUUUAGAACCUCCGCUCUAAUCACAAAUUGCUGUUACGUUUUGGGAAAUAGGUGGGAUUGUUUUCGAACAAGCCAGAAAAAUUUGGGGGUGCCCUUUGUUUGGAUCCUUGUCGAUUGGGCGUGCAUAAUCCGUUUUUGGCUUUUGCGUUUUGACAAGUAUCCAGUUAGACUAUCGAUUAUUUCCUGCAACAGCCAUUUUCAGUUUCACUGACGUCGUAUGGUUGUUGCCCGUUUCUUCUUCUAGAAUAACAUUUAUUAAUAGCGAAAACAAAGUCAGGAAUGUUCAAUAUGGUGGCGCUCACAAGUAUUUAUUGUUUACAAUGAAAUGUCCUUUUGGGCUUUGUUGUCUUAUCAGGGAAAUUUUUUUUUUCAGUAUAAUGUGGUGUCUUAUGUGCCAGGGUUUCAGCUUUCAAGAGAGUUUACUCAGUGGUACUGUUAGUAUUGCGUUAGUAUCAGGUUAUAUCAAGUUUGUUUUACGUUGUAGAAUGGCGUUGAAGGUGGUCAGUAUGUACUGUUUUCAGUGUUCAGUGGUCUGCUUGUAGCUAUCUCUUAUCACCUCAGUCGCAGCGCCAGUGAUCCAACUGUUUUACGGUAAGAACUUGGUAUCGUGGGUGAUUUAUAGCCUUCGUCGUUAACCCUUUCAUUCCCCGCCCACAGGUCAUCAAAGUCUGUCAAAGUCCAACCAAAAAUUUCCAAAUUUUAUUUUGUAAAAUGCUAUUUAACAAAUAGUACCAUAUGAAAGUACUGCUGAAGAGGUUUCAUUUGAAUGGUCACACCAUAGGAUUUCAUCCACAGGCUCAAAAGUGAGAAAAACAUACUACAUAAAUAGUACCAUGUAAAAGUACUACUGAAGAGGUUUUAUUUGAAUGGUAACACCAUAGGAUUUCAUCCACAGACUCGAAAGUUAGAACUACAUACUAAAUGAACGGUACCAUGUGAAAGUCCUGCUGACGAGGUUUCAUUUGAAUGGUAACACCAUAGGAUUUCAUCCACAGAUUCAAAAGUUGGAAGUACAUACUAAAUAAAUGGUACCAUGUGAAAGUACUACUGAAGAGGUUUCAUUUGAAUUGAAUGUUCACACCAUAGGAUUUCAUCCACACACUCAAAUCACAAGGUUCGUCAUUGACUCUGGAAGUGAACUGGUUAACAAGUUUAGCAUUCCUUGAUUGAAGAAUUGAGGCAGGGGUUUGGUGGGGUGUUGAAACUGUAAAGUCAAUAAAACGUUUUGUUUAGCUCUUGUUUCUUUUUUUUUCUUUGUAUGUUUGUUUGUUUGUUUAGAUCAGUGUUAAGGAAAGCCUGCGGCAAAGAGGCCGUUAAUGAAAACGACGAAGAUUUCGUCGACCCUCUGCCGGAAAAACUUAGAGCAACUGUGGUAAGUUCAUUUUGUUGACAUAUGCCUUCCUUAAAACUCUUGUUCAAAUGCUGGAUAACACUAUCCACCUGAUAAAUCGCUAUCCAGUGGAUAAGUAUUAGGAAUUACGCAAAUGGAACGGGAAUUUCUGUUUUAAGCGGUUGGAACGGAAAAAGCGGAAUACUUCGGAAGGUGGUCUGUUUGUUCCGGAAAAUUUCCGGUCGAAUUUUGAACAGCGGAUCUCUAUUUAAUACAUCUUAUAAGUUAAUUGUUCGUCUCGAUUCUAAUAUUUAAAAUUUAAGCUGCAUUUAGAUAUUGAAAUGCGCUCUAUCCUUUUUUUAAUUUAAUUUUUCAGGCAAAACGUUUACAGAAUGAUGUGGUGUGCUGUAUAUUGAUUCUGAUUUUUGUCUUUGCUAUUCAUUUGAGUACAGUGUUCACUGCCCUCCAGGUAUGAAACCGUUUUUUGAUCGAUUAGAAAUAAGCUAUCACCUCAAUUUGGCCAUAUAUGUCUACCAGAAAACAGGAAAGCAAAGAAGUGCUCUUCAUGGCCACUUCGCAUUCUUUCACAUUGCUUUUCAAGAAGGAUGCAACAAUAUGCAGAGGCUCUCGCUGGGUAUUCCAGUGAAAAUAGAAAUGAUUAUAAAUAGUAAGUGCGCGUUGGACUAUGGGAAGAGUGGAAAGGCGAGAGCCUCUCUUUUCCCUUCCCAUCGUCCCCCGCGCGCUUUUCCCUCUCCCCAGUCUCCCUACAACACAAGGGAGCUUAAGCAUCAACAACGGCGACGGCUGCGUAAACGUCACUUAAAAAGUGAAUUCCCGCAGCCUCAAACUUUAUCGCGCCUUACUCCAUCUCGUUUAAUUCGUCAAAUGUUCGCAACUUCGUUUGGAGUUGAAUUCUAAAGGACUCUAUCAAAGUUCAGGAAAAGAAUAAGAAAGUUGUUGUCUUGAGUUCCCGUCCUCGACGAAACAUGAAAUUAGGCACUUUAACGGUGUGGUCGUGCAACGACGUCUAAGAAAUGUAUAAAAAAGCGUGAUGCACGUGCAAAGUUGUUGUUUUGCUAAUCAGAACCUGUUGCUUUUUUGCCGUUCUCGUUGAUGUCCCCUUCGUCGUCGCUUAAGCUCCCUACAGAGAGGCUUCUGCGGUGGAGAGGGGUGUAAUAAGAUAACAGUAUGAAGUGUGAUCACCCCUGCCUGACCUUCCUUUCUUGGGGUCUCGCACUGAAUGUGUUUUCGACGUCAUAGGCUUCAUUACAGUGCAAUUUCCGGUGAGAUAGUGCAGAUAGAGAAGAAACUUUGUAACGUUACAUAAAUAAUAAAUCAAUAAAGUAAAUAAAUAACGAUUUGGAGGUACACACAUAAUGGUUCCUCGUCUACCUGAUUCCUGGUCGAAUUGGAACUUGAAAAUGUUGGUUUUUGAGGAGAGGGGAAAACCGGAGUACCCGGAGAAAAACCUCUCGGAGCAAAGGAAAGAACCAACAACAAACUUAACCCACAUAUGGCGUCGACGCCUGGAUUUGAACCCGGGCCGCACUGGUGGGAGGCAAGUGCUCUCACCCCUGCGCCACCCCUGCUCCCCAUUUAGCAGCUAGACCCUUAAGAGAUUCAACGCAUGCUCUGUUUUAUUUCUCUGUAGCCUUAUGUGAGUUAUGUCCUGUAUGCUGUGGCUGGCUUUCUGGGAAUCCUUAAUCACUAUCUGUGGCCGCAGCUCCACAAACCGUUACCCUGGUUGUGUUUUGCCAGACCCUUCUUACGCAGCCGAGAGUAUAACCAAUAUGAAGUUAAA